UGAGAAUAUAGGGAAGAAGAAGCCACGAUCUCUUGCAAUGGCAGCAACCCUCUCUGCAUUGGGCCUUCUGCUCCUAAUUGCAUUCUCUCAAGACGUGGCACGAGCUGAAGGGAGAGCACUGCUGCAAAACAGGGGAUGUACUCACGAAGAUAUUACAAUCUCCAACGGCUUGACGGGAAAAGACCCUUCUGGCAUCCCGCUUUAUUCGGUGGCGAUAUCGAACGAGUGUGACUCCCCAUGCAACAUCUCGAAUGUCCACCUCCGAUGCGGAUGGUUUACGUCAGCCACCCUCAUAAAUCCUUAUGACUUCAGGCGUCUACAGUACGAUGACUGCGUGGUCAACAACGGGAGACAUCUCUUGCCCGGCAUUGCCGUCUCUUUUGAUUAUACUGCCGAAUUCCUGAAUCCUCUUUCCGUUUCGUCAGCCGAUAUUACCUGCUGAUAAUUGUUCUUUAAUUAAAUCGGAACUCUCUUUUCCCGAUCUCUUUUUUCCUAGACUAUGAAUGCCAUUCAGUUUCAUAAUUGGUGCAUGGGGUCGCAU